GCGCCUCAAGAGAGGCGCAGGCCACCACCACCAGGUCGCCUCUCCCCACCCAAAGCUCCCACCUUUCCCUUCCUCCUCCGCUUUCCCAAUUCCCCAAUUCGCCGGUGCGCCCGCCCGAUCGCCCCGAAUCUCUUCCAAUUCGGCCAGCGGCCGUCGGGGACUCCGCGCCACCCGGCUUCGUCUCUCUUGUUUGCUCCGUCCGUCUGUCCGGCCGGCCGGACGGCUGCUUUGUCCGCGUCAGCUCGAUCCACGCCGGCGCGGCACGGCUCGUUCCUGCGGGGUUUUGGCCUUCCUUCCUGCCUGCCCCGAUCGAUCUGGUCAGCAAACUCUCCUACUCCUAUUUUGCGUCCUCGGUCAGCUCAACGCGGCGGUCAGGGAGAAUUUCGCGAAUUUGUUUCAGCUCAAGACUGCGUCGCCUCCUCCGUCGGUUGUCGCCGGUGUUCCUGCUGAUCUGUGUGUAGUUCCUUCUUCCGGCUGAUGGGAUUCGGCCUCUCGCACGCAUCGGCAGCGGAGAAUUUCCCCACUUGGCGAAGCUUCCGCUAUUCUCUACCCAUUUCCACGGUUUACGACCUGGUCUGACAAAAAGCUCCAGUUUUUUCUCCACCCGAAUUCUCUGAUCUGUUCUUGUCCAGAUCUCAUUCUUCUUCCUAGGCCUGCACCGAUUCGGUCAGACAAUAUCAUUCCUUUCCCGUUCAUCUGCUGACUUUUUUAUUUUCCUUCCCUGCACUGAUAUCCACCAUUUCGUGCGCUUUCUACGCUCAAUUCCUCCUGAUCUGACCCUUCAACCUCGGGGUUUCUCUCCGUUUGCCUGAUUUGUCUAUCCGUGUCGAAUCCAAUGGCGCAGGAGAGCUGCGAUCUCAACAAGGACGAGGCCGAGAUCCUCAAGCCGUCCUCCUCCACCGCACCUUCGCCUCCUUCCCCAACCACAACCUCAACGCCACCGCCACCAACAGCAACCCAAACACCAGAACCACAACCUCCACAAUCGCCACCCCAACCACCGCCAGCUCAAUUCUCGUCCAGGCCCUGUGAAGUUCUUCUCGUAGAGCCUUCAAAGAAGAGGAAACGUGCUGAUGCUGAUGCUGAUGCUGAUGCCGUCGCCGGUGCCGAAGCGGUGGUGGCCAUGUCAAUGGCAGCUGAGCCGCUGUCGCCGGUGCUCUUCGUUAACCGCUGCAAUGUCUGCCGCAAGAGGGUUGGUUUGACCGGCUUCCGUUGCCGGUGCGAGAAGCUCUUCUGCCCGCGUCACCGGCAUUCAGAGACGCACAACUGCUCGUUUGAUUAUAAAACCGCGGGCCGCGAGGAGAUUGCCCGCGCCAACCCUCUCAUCAGGGCUGCCAAGGUCAUUAAGAUAUGAGAUCAUGUCAUGUAAGAACUAUAUGGAGGACAAAAUCCUGGAGAUGCUGCAAGUGAAUCAUGCUGUUAUUCCAAGGCUGAUCUAUUAGCAUGAUCACUGCCAACUUGUGAAGUCAUUCCCCAUACAACCGAGCUCUUGGUAGCAUACAAUCUUACAUCGAGUAUGCCAGCAUGGGUUGGUUGUUGUGGGAGAAUGCUUCACUCUUGUCCUUCAUCCGUCUAUGGUUCACUCCGUAGCUUCUCAAGCUACCAUGAACGCGGAUGAUGGAGCCUGUAAUGUCCAGUCAUAAUUUUAUUGGGUCCAAAGAUUUAUUGUAGUAUAUUUGUAACCUUCCUUUACCUUGUUCAGUUUCUAUCCAACGCAAUUGUGUGUUACUGAAAGCUUUGUUGAUGUUAGCGUGUCAAGUGCAUGCUGAAGCUAAUCAGCUUUCAUACGAUCUGCUUUUAUA